AUGAUUGCUACAAUCGACCUCUCUAAGAUCACAGAAAUAAGCCCCGGCUUUGGGGCUGAGAUUUGCGGGUUCAACGCAACUACAGACAUAACAGAAGAAAAUUUCCGUCGCCUACAGGAAGCUGUAACUACGCACGGCGUGGUGGUUAUCCGCGACUCUCAAUUGUCGGACGAGUCUCACAUCAGACUGGCUCGUAUGUUUGGGGAACUUGACGAUGUGAAGCCUUAUAUCUCUGCGGGACGUAAGAACAGACUUCGAUAUGACGAGCUCUUUGACGGAAAUAGUUUAUUCCACGUUGAUUCGAGCUUCAACCCUCGUCGAGCUGCAUAUUCUCUCUUGCUUGCCCACGAGCUACCGCCAGAAGGCACAGGCGGCAAAACCGCGUUUGCGGACACUCGGACUUCAUUCGAUGAUCUCGACGAAGAGACAAAGCAAGACCUUUUGGCAAACGAUUAUGUCGCUGCGCACUCCAUGCUGCACUCUCGGAAACUGGCAGCUCCUGAGUAUUUCGCUGAUCUUGAUCCCUGCCAAUUUCCCAUGGGUCGUCACAAGAUUGUCCAACGCCACGAAAAGUCUGGCCGAAUGAAUCUAUACAUCGCAGCACACAUACACCACAUUGAAAAGAUCUUCAAGCACGCGACGCAACCGAAAUAUGUAAUCGAGGUGGAGUGGAAGCAGCCCGGAGACCUGGUUAUAUGGGACAACACCUGCACAAUGCAUCGCGUCGUUUCCGGGCCAUACAGCGCAAAGUAUAGGCGGGACAUGCGGCGUGCCACCGUGCAUGACUCCAGCACUACUGCGUGGGGUCUGAACGAGCACUCCAAUGUGCGACAAGGCCUGCCAUAG